UACUAUUAAACAGAUGAACUCUCAAAAACUGAAAUUUGGUUUAUCCUACUUUGGGGCCAUCUUGAUUUGCGCCGUUAGUGGUACCCAAUAUUUGUUUAGUGCAUAUAGUACCGCUUUGGCCGAUCAAUUGGAUUUUAGUUCGGUGCAGAUAAAUACUAUUGGGAGUGCCGCGAAUUAUGGAUUUUUUUUCAGCAGUCCACUCUUUGGAUAUAUUGCCGACAGAUACGGUUCGCGAGG